CCCAACUGUGAUCAUUCACUGUCAGCUAGUUUGAUACACUCUGACUCAUGGUUUGAGGGCAUCUGACUAUACCAUCAACAUCAGUAAACAUACCCCUGACCUCAACAGGCCAAAAUGUGCUACGCCCACGACCUCAACCCUACCCCUCAAGACAUGAGCUCUACCCCAUCAUCCUCAACAUCCUUCGGCUACCCUACCUCACCACCAUCCCUCCUCGUCAACACCCCAUCCAGCCUUCAACAACCUUCCAACCUAACAACCCCCUACCGCCCCCCCUCCGCCUACCCAGGCGUAAUCCCCACACCCCCAGUUGACAUCCCCCUCUGCUCCAUCUUCCUUUUCCUCCUCCUCCUCCCCAUCCCCCUCAACCUAACCCUCCACCACCUCUCCCUCUACCGCCACCGCCACCCCGGCAUCUCCACCCGCCCCCUCAUCCCAAUCCUCCUCUCCGUCUUCUGUCUCCUCCGGAUCCUGGCCCUCUCCUUAAGAAUAGCCUGGUCCGUCCACCCCUCCAACCUCCGCCUCGAAAUCGCCGCCGUGGUCCUCUCCAUGGCCGGUAUCAUCCUCCUCUACAUCGCCAACCUAAUCAUAACCCGUCGCUGGGUGCGCGAUUACGUCAUUUUCGGUUAUCGCACCCUGGUCAAGGGUUUUUUCCGGUUCUGGGCAGCGGUUGUUAUUAUUUGUCUCGUCAUGGCGGUGGUGGUGAGCGUUAAUUGUUAUUUUACUCACGAUGGGGUUAUACUUCGGGAAUGUAGAAACGUGCUUCUUGUUGCGGUUGCGGUGUUAACUUUUGUAGCUUUUAUACCUGUUUUGACGGUCGGGGUGGUGAUGGUGGGGGAUUUGGAGGAUCAUGAGGUGAUUGAUGGGGAGUACUCCCGUUUUAGGUCGAGGAGUGGGUUGCUUGCGGUGACGGCAUUGUUGUUGACGUUGGAGGCGGGGUUUAGGUUGGGGGUGAUGUUUGAUCCGAGGCCGUGGGGCGAAGAGAGGUGGUAUCAUUCGAGGGCGGCGUAUUAUUGCUUGGGGUAUGUGCUUGAGGUGGUGGUGGUUUGGUUGUUGACUGGGGGGAGGGUUUGGGGCGGGUUUAGGACGGGGGAGGUGUAUAAGGGGCAUUGGCCGGGGGGUGAAAGGCCGAGGGUGGAGAGGUGGGCUGAGUGGGUUAAUACUGAGGGGGAGGUUUAUGGGGAGAGGGGGUAG